CUUGGCUUGUCUGGACAACACUUUCUUUUUAUAUUUUUUUACCCAAAAUAUUUUUUACAAAUGGCAGGAGCGAUCAUAGAGAAGAUGAGCACUAAAAAGUUGGUUUUAUUUGUUUUCUUCAUUUUAUUAUUCCAAAUAUUUUCCAUCUUGGUUGGAGCAUUGAUAUCUCCCAGUCCUACCACUGCAAUCAGCUACUUGGCCACCAAAUGCAUCAAUUUCCACAGGACACGUGCUUGGCUCAUGCCAUGGGGCUCAAAUCGAUGCCAGCAGGUCCACAGUUUUGACGACCCUCUGGCAAAAACGCUCGAUGCCAACGACAUUGUUUUUGCUGUGCAUGUACCCCUACCCAACACUGAAAUGAGUCCGUGGUUUCAAUACAUGCUGGCUGUUCUGCAGUUUGACAUUGCAUUCAAAAUGAUAAAUCAGAUUGAAGAUGAUGUGGUCAUCACUAUCGAUGCCCGUCUGGCGUACAGGGACGACAUGACGUCUGAGUGGACCACAAAAUUUCACUCGGUGGAGCAAAGGCCACUCAGAUGCACAUUUGCAGUAUCCAAGACGUAUGAAAACGAAGGGCGCUUUUAUCACUGUGACCCAAUACCAUUCAUGGAGCUGGGAAGUGUAGCCCACAAAUAUUUUUUAAUGAACCUGCGUUUGCCAGUGAAUGACACAAUGAACGUUGGCAUCGGGGAAAUAAAGGACAUCCAUGUAGUGGGCAUCCACCAGAAUGGAGGCUUCACCAAAGUGUGGAUCAGCAUGAAGACUGUGUUCAGUCCCUGGAUAUCAGUGGCUACAGUUUGGUACUGGUACAGGAUUCGGCUCUUGGCGAGACCUCCGGUCCUUUUGGAAAAGGUGAUUUUUGCUCUGGGCCUCUCAAUGGCCUUCCUGGACAUGCCGGUGGAGUGGCUGUCCAUGGGCUUUGAGUGGACAUGGAUGCUGCUGUUUGAAGAUGCCCAGCAGUGCGCCUUAUACUCUGUACUCUUCUGUUUCUGGAUCAUCUUCUGUGGUGAACACCUCAUGGACCAACGUCAGAGGAAUCUCCUCUCAGCUUAUUGGUGGCAAGUUGGGCUUGUGGUGUUUGGAUCUUCUGUUCUUCUCAUAUUUGACCUGAGUGAAAGGGGGGUUCGUUUGAGCAAUCCAUUCUACAGUGUGUGGGCGUCAGAAUCCAGGAGUAAGUUUGCAGUAUCCUUCAUUAUUGUGGCAGGGAUUUCUGUUUGCCUUUAUUUCUUCUCCCUGUGUCGCAUGGUGCACUGCGUGUUCAGAACCAUUAGUGGGAAAUUGCAACAGCUUCCUACAAUGCCAGAGACUCGGAGACUACGCUAUAAGGGUAUUAUUUUCAGGUUUAAAUUUUUAAUGCUGGCAACACUCACAUGUGCUGCUCUCACCAUCAUCUUCUUCAUCUUAAAUCAAGUCAGCGAAGGUCAUUGGCACUGGGGAGACUACACUCUCCAGGUCCACAGUGCUUUUCUUACAGGAAUCUAUGGCAUGUGGAACCUGUACGUUUUUACCAUUAUCUUCCUCUAUGCCCCCUCACACAAGCACAACAGGAAGAAGUUAGGAGACACUCAACACACAGAUAUGACGGACAAGCCCGAGAGCCAAGAGACACAGCUGACCUGUGGAGAGCAGGGGCCGACAGAGGUCUACAGGAUCACUGGGAAGGUGGCUGAGGAAUAGCUGCUGGGCUCGUUUCAGGAUAUUUGUGGUGUGUUAUCUUUUAAUUUGAUGUUACUUGCCAGAGUCUUCUACACUAUUGAAUGUACAAGUGAGCCAUUGUACAAUACUGUAACCUUUAACAAGUGAACAGACUGGGGAAACAAAAGCUACAGGAAGCUACAGUAUAAGGAAAAGUGAGGAAAGCUUGAAUAUUCAAAGUUAGAUUCACUGGAAGGUCAGACCUUAGAGGCCUCCAAAAGCUGCUUAUUUUAAACUUUGUGACCGUGGGAAAAAUAAUUAAAGCAUGCUAUAAAUUGAAGUUCUUAUUGUUAUCUAACAGACAUCUUCUACGUGGUAUGACAGGAAAUUUGUUAACUUGUGACUCCCCUUAUGUGACUAUGUUGUUACAACCUCCUAUAAUGUAGAUUUGUUUCUUUAACUUGUAAUGAAAAGAAAAAGUGGCCAAUCUUUUCACUCUUUGUAUC